AUGUGGUUAGUCAGUGAGCGGCGGGGCCGCACCGACGAGCAGCCCGAGGAGUCGCGCUGGUCGCUCAGCCAGCGCACCGGCCACAGCACGGUGGAGUUCAAGAGCGCGGCGUGCGCGGGGGCCAACGAGCCGCCCGCGCCGCCACUAGCCGCGCUGCCGGAUCCCCAGCAGUUCAACAUAUUCCCGGCCUUCUUCAGCCGCCAGCUCAACUUCACGGGCGGCGGUGGAUGCGGCCAGGGCUCCAAGAUCAUGGAGGAGCUCCGACCGAAUCUGGUCGGGGGACUCCUCGGAGUGCCGGGCCUGUUGGACGAGCACCAGACGGAUGCGAAAUUCUUACCUUCAGGCGGUGAAAGUAAAUAUACUCCGGAUAAGGGACGGAAGUGCAGCAAUGCGUCGUCUUCUUCGGCGGAGGAAUUUGGAGGGUUAUAUGGAGGUGAACACGCGGCGACGCCACCUGCUCCACCAUUGAGCCGGUCGUUGCAAGAUCACACAGGUCAGUCAUACUUUUUAUAA